GGAAUGCGCGGGAAGUAAAGUUUGUUUACUUUCUUGGAUAAUGACAAAUUACUAAUGGCUUUCCAAAACGCGUUUUUGAAGUCGUUACUUCCGAAACUCGGAAUAGAAGACGAUAAAGUUCUUAAGAAGGCUUCAGAGCUGCAGCGCAUACUAGACUUGAAAAUGUCAUCUGGAGGUGCCAAAAAUUUAAAACUAAGUGAAAGUGCAAAGGCAGUGAUGUGUGCUGAUCUAGCAGCUGUACAUUUUGGCAUAACUUGUGAAAGGGAUGACUUUGUAAGACUUUCUGGAAUGAAGAAUAGAUUAUACAUAACAAAUCGCAGCAUAAUAGAAAAGCUUGUAGGAAUGGAGGAGACACUAGAUGUGAAUAAAAUUUGUGUACAACUUGGUAUUUCUGAAAUAAGCAACUUUGCUCAGACAAUUUUGGAUCAAUAUUUGGAACAAAAUGCUGUUGCAGAAAGAAAUGACAAGAUGUACGGUAUAAUUGCAGUAUAUGUAGCUUGCAGGGAAAGAAAAGUAAAGCUGCAGAUGCGUAAAUUCAUGGAAAUGUGUAAUCUAAAAAAAAGUGGGUUUGUUAAGUUGGUUGCUGAUUUUGACAAAUCUGUUGCAUCUAUGAGAAGACAAAAAGAAGAACCUGCAGAACAUGCACCAUUAUCAAAAGAAGUCAAUCUGAAUGAUUUGCAGAAAGCAGUGAAAAGAAGAAGUCAAUCACCUCCAAAAGAGGAGGAAAGCUAUUCUGACUGGAAGAGAAGAAUGCUGCAGGAAAUAAAUGAAUCAUCAGAAGACUGCUGAUGUGUUCAUAGGAAGAACAAGGAAGAUUAACAUAUUAUCUCAUCCCACUCUUACUUGAAAAGUUUAGGGACCUCCAACACUUGACGCAGUUUUGCAGCCCAGCAGCAAGGGCUUGCUACAUGAAAACAGCCAUUUUAUGAGACGAAGAAAAUCAAAGAGCAAGUGUCAGAAAAAGUAAAGUAUUCGGUGCAGCAGUGAGAACUAAAGACAUCGCCUUAAAUGUAGUAUUGCAGUGUCACAUAUCUGACAUUCAUUGUUGUUUCUGAUAAUAGUGUGUAGUAAAAUUUGAAAAUUGGAUGUA